AUGGCGGACAAGACCGAAAGACCCACGAGCUCACACAGUUCCGACAAAGACGGCGACGACUUCGAAGACGCUUCUGAGAUUACCCCUCGCCCCGACUCACACUCCGAACGAUCGCAGUCACGGUCACGCUCCCUCCUACAGCGAGAGUCUUCCAACUCCACCGUACAAGCCGGCAAACCAGUCUCGCCCAACCCUGCAGUGCCAAAACUGCCCAAAGAGGAGAGCGACGAUAGCGAGGAGGAUGACGACGAUGAUGACGACGACGAGGAUGAGGACGAAGAUGACAGCGACGAGUCAGAGAGCGAACCCGAGAUCGUCAAAAAGCCUACCGAGACUGCACCGGCAGCCAAGUCACCACUCUUGACUGGACACAGGGUCUCAGUCACCUCAGACAUGGACGAUGUGUCGUUGGAUAGUGAAGGCUCCAAGGCUGCCGGCAUACUCCCCAAACUACCACCGCGAGACUCUCGAGACUCCACAAGCUCCGCGAGUGGCCUACAAGGCCUUUCAGGCACAAUGGCACCCGUAAAAUUCCCCCCUCCACCCGCCCCGCCCGCUGUACAAGAGAAAGAGAAACCCGCGCCAGCACCGACGACCAGGAAGCUCACAGGCCCCUUUGCGUGGCUUUCGAGGAAUAGUUCCAGCAAGAAGCCCGAGUCUCCACCCACAGCUACAACAACUGCCGAGCGACGUCAUACUGGGGCAUCUAUUGCAACCAUCGGCAGCAAUCCUGAGCUCACUUUGAGCAGGAUCGAAGACGAAGGAGACAUGGGCUCGAAGAACAGAUCAAGCCAGGGCAGCCUGCGAGAUCGCUUCAAGAUUCUGCGGAUGAGGGAAGAAGCGGGCAUAACACUGGAUGACACAACCGGAGAUGGCAGUCCAGCAGCAGCAUUAGCAUCGCCAGGCCUCGGUCUCGGCAUUGCCAGCCCCACCCCUCUAGCUGAGGAAGAGCCAGGAAGUCCUCCAGCGCUCGCAAAGCAACCUACAAUAAAUCCCAAGUUGGCCCCCGGUACUGCUUCUGGUUUCGCCGCUGGUCCGGCAGGAGAUGCGGCUGAGCCUGUCGACUGGGACCUAUGGCAGUCAGUGGUCAAUGAGGGCCCAGCCGCAAUCGCGCGUACCAGCUCCGAAGAACUGAACCGCGCCAUCGCCAGCGGCAUCCCUCAAGUUAUCCGUGGUGUUAUUUGGCAAGUGCUGGCGCAAAGUAAAAGCGAAGAGCUGGAGAGCAUGUACAGGGAGCUAGUCGCUCGUGGAACAGACAAAGAAUACAUGAGCGUCAGAAACAGCACUGUCAGCACCGGCCAAGCCAGUGCGAACGGAAAGGACUCCGUCGCUUCUUCCUCGUCUUCUGUGCAUUCCGACUACUCGAGCCCGGCCACAACAGCUGCUAGCACGACUGCACCAUUAGGCUCGCCAUCACUCACGUCGGACGAAGAUCCCAUCAAGGUACAAGCGAGGCUUGCGGCGGAAAAGAAGCAGAAUGCAGUCACCAUCUCGAAAUUAGAGAAGGUCAUCAAGCGCGAUCUCGGAGCCCGAACGAGCUACUCCAAGUACCUCAUGGCAGCUGGGCUACAAGACGGUCUCUUUGGCAUCUGCAAAGCCUAUGCUCUGUACGAUGACGCCGUUGGUUACGCUCAAGGCAUGAACUUCAUCGCCAUGCCUCUGCUUUUCAACAUGCCUGAGGAAGAAGCUUUCAGUCUUUUCGUUACGCUCAUGAACAAAUAUCGUCUGCGCGACCUCUUUGUGGCUGAUAUGGCUGGACUCCAUCUGCAUCUUUACCAGUUCGAACGUCUUUUGGAAGAUCUGGAGCCCGCUCUCUACUGCCAUCUUCGGCGAAGAGAGGUCAAGCCCCAGCUUUACGCAACGCAAUGGUUCCUCACGUUGUUUGCAUACCGAUUCCCGCUGCAGCUCGUCUUGCGCAUCUACGACCUGAUACUCAGCGAGGGUCUUGAGUCUGCUAUCUUGAAGUUCGGCAUCGUACUAAUGCAGAAGAACGCCGAAACGUUGCUAGGUAUGAAGGACAUGUCUACCCUGACCCAGUUCCUCAAAGAGCGGUUGUUCGAUGUCUACAUCGACAAAGCCCCGUCGGCCAAUUCCAUUCUCGAGAACGGCUUCUUCGGUUCGACGGCCGGUAUCGACAAGGAGAUUUAUCGCGCCGAUACCCUCGUCAAAGAUGCCGUUUCUGUCAAGAUUACGCCGGAGAUGCUCAAGCAAUACACCGCUGAGUGGAAAGAACAGCAACGUGUGGAAAAGGAGCGCGAGACUGAACUUCAUGGAUUGAAAGACAAGGUCACGCAUUUGGAGCAAAAGGUUCGGUCUUUGGAGCAUCGUGCUGAACAGUCCGACAUGGAACAUGUCCAGGUCGCUUCUGAGCUCAUCAAGACCAAGGUCGAGAAUGAGAACUUCGCUGAAGAAAACGAAACUUUGAAGACCAAGGUCUUGGAACUACAGAAAAUCGUCGAUACCCAACCUGCCGAGGUUGAAGCACGGCUGAAGAGCGAAAUGGAGACUGUCAUGCAGAAGAACAUUGUCGUCCACAACGAGAACCGCAACUUAGAAGACUCGAUGGCCGAGAUGGAGAAGGAGUUGGUCGAUGUCAAGAUGCAAUGGGCUACAAUCAACGAAGAGCACGAAGCGCUCAAGCAAAAGUGGAACAACAUUUCGCAGAUGAUGAAGUAA